AUGCCUGCCGUACAGACUCCUCAGCUUAAAGAGCUGCAUGCUUCAUUUGGAGCCGAAAUCACUGGCCUCAACUUUGCCAAUGGUGUAACCAUCGAGGGUCAAAAGAUGAUCUUAGAUGCAGUGAUCAAGUAUGGAGUAGUUGUAGUUCGCUCGACCGGUCUUACCGACGAGACUCACGUUAAGUUAUCGCGUAUGUUCGGUGAACUCGAUGAUGUAAAGCCAUACAUCAAGCUAGGACGCCCGAACCGCCUCAAAUACGAUGAACUGUUUGACGUGAGCAACGUCGAAGAGGAUGGUACUAUUGUUCCUGACCAAAGUCCCCGCGGCGCAGCCAAUAAAGGCAAUUGUCUCUUUCACGUAGACUCAAGCUUCAACCCUCGUCGCGCUGGAUACUCUCUACUCCUAGCCCACGAACUGCCUCCCCCAGGCAAUGGUGGUGGCCUUGAAUACUGCGAUACCAGACAAGCAUACGCAGAGCUGGACCAGGAAACAAAGGAUGAGCUUGCUAGAAAAGACUAUGUUGCUGCUCAUUCCAUACACCAUUCUAAAAAGCUAGCCGCUCCAGAUUGGUACGCUGAUAUCAACCCUGAGGAUUACCCAAUGGGCCGUCAUAAGCUGGUUCAGAUUCAUGAAACAUCAAAUCGAAUGAAUUUAUACAUCGCCACCCAUAUCCAUCAUAUCGAAGGUCUGGCCCCGGAGAAAUCGCAGCAGAUAAUCGAUAAGCUCUUCACGCACUGCACUCAAGACAAGUACCGCCUGAGUAUUGAUUGGCAGGGCGUGGGCGAUUUGGUCAUUUGGGACAAUACUAGCACUAUGCACCGGGCGGUAAACGGGCCAUUCUUGUACAAGUACCGACGCGAUAUGAGACGUACCACUGUGCACGAUAGUUCGAGCCAGGCCUGGGGCUUGAACGAGCAUACCAAUUGUCGCCAAGGCCUACCUUAG